AUGGGUCCAAAAAAGAAGGCAAAGACUACCAUACCACACUUGCGAAGACAAUCUACAAGACUACAAGCUGUCCAUAGUGAGACACAAUCUGAUAGGGUGGCCCAUUCAUUACCCUCUGUCGAUGAGCCACUCCUUUCCGUUAAUAGGAUGGUGGAGUCAUCACCUUCUAUAGAUUGUCCUUCACAGCCAUCAUUAUCUUCACAACAAGAGACCCAACCUUCUACAUCUAGCCAAAUGGGAGGACAACUAUCCACACAUAUGGAGAUGAGCAGAGAGACCGAGCCAUGCACAUCUGUACCAAUAGCACCUAGUUCAAAAGCAGAAAAUGUCGACUCGUGUUCCGACAUUGGAGAUCGCUUUGUCGUCGUCGUAGAUAGUAAUGGUGAUCGAGUAAAGAGACCAUUGCACUCGAUUCCUAACAUUUGGCAUCUUCCAGAAGGGGAGCGAAUUGAAAUAGAGCUCAAUCUUCUUGGUCAACCUAUAAAAAAGCAAGACUCAAAGGUGGUAAGGUUUGGUGGUCCGAUAGCGAGAAGUAAUAAGUUGGUUCCAAUAAUUUACAAAGAUUGGAGGUCGGUGCCUAAAACCGUGAAGGAGGAAGCGUUGGGUCUUAUAAAUAAACACAGGAAUGAAUCAAAAUUCAUUGAAAAGAUCGUUCAAGACGUCUCAAGAAUGGCAAAUGAUCAUUUAUAUUUAUAUGUUGCUGAGCAUCCCGUUGGAUUAAAACCUCAUGUAGAAAAUGUCAAAUGGCGUUUAAGUGUUGGAACGAAAGACAUACGAAUGAUGGGAAUUUUUGGAGUUGGGGGAAUUGGAAAGACAACUCUGGCCAAAGCAAUGUAUAACUCAAUUGCUUUUGAAUUUGAAGCUAGUUGUUUUCUUCUAAUUGAUAGCGACACUUGGAAUCAAGUGAAUCGUUUGGUCCACUUGCAAAAGACACUUCUUUCUAAGAUUUUAGAAAACUGUAGAAGUUUAAAGGUUGACAAUAUUGAUACGGGAAAAUAUAUGAUAGAGCGUAGGCUUCACUCUAAGAGAGUUCUUCUAAUUCUUGAUGGUGUAGACCACUUGGAUCGAUUAAAAAAUUUAGUAGGAGCUCGCAAUUGGUUUGGUGAAGGAAGUAGAAUCAUCAUCACAACAAGAAAUCAACACUUGUUGACUGCUCAUGGAGUUGAUUCAACAUAUGAGAUGACAGGAUUGAAUCAAGAUGAUGCUUUUCAACUAUUUUGUUGGCAUGCUUUCAAAAGUGAGAAACCGGUUGACGGUUAUGGAGAGUUUGUAGAACAGAUCAUAAAUUAUGCUGGGAGCCUUUCACUAGUUUUAAUAGUGCUCGGCUCGGAUUUAUAUGGCAGAACUAAAAAAGAGUGGGAAAGUGCAUUGGAUCAGUACAGACAAAUCCCUCACCAAGAUAUUCAAAAAUUACUUAAAACAAGUUAUGAUAGAUUAAGUGAAAAUGAAAAGAACGAGAAGUGUCUUAUUUCGGCGUCCAACGGAGAAUUACAAAUGCAUGACUUGUUACGAGAUAUGGGUAGAGAAGUUGUUCGACAAGAAUCGCCCAAAAAUCCAGGAGAAUGUAGCAGAUUAUUCUUUCAUAAAGAUGUUCGCAAAGUACUGGAGGAUGAUAUAGGAACAUAUAGAGUUGAAGCUGCAAUUGUUGCAUAUUUUCCUAAUGGUGCUGAUAUCAUCCACUUGAGUCCCAAGGCCUUCAAGAAUAUGAAAAGACUCAGAGUAUUUGGAUGUUGGAAUGCACACUUUUCUGGCGAACCUAAUUGUCUACCUAAUUCAAUAAGUGUGCUUGAUUGGCCUAACUAUCCUUUACAAUCUAUGCCAUCUGAAUUUCAUGGAGACGAACUCUUUAUCCUAUGCAUGCCCGGUAGUCGCAUCCAGGAGAUACAAAAAUUUAAGAAUCUCAUGGUUAUGAAUUUCGGUGGUUGUGAUUUCUUAACAAAAUUCUCGAAUAUUUCAAGUUGCCCAAAUUUGAAGGAAAUAGAUCUUUGUUCUUGUGAAAAUCUAGUUGAAGUUCAUGAUUCUGUUGGAUUAAUCCUUGAUAAGCUUGUGAAAUUGAGACUUCGUGGAUGUUUCAAUCUAAAGAGCUUUCCAAGGAGACUCAAAUUGAGAUCUCUGGAACUCCUUGAUCUUUGUCAUUGCUCAAGCCUUCAAAACUUUCCUGAAAUAGAAUGUGAAAUGGAACAUUUAAAAGAUGUCUGCUUAUCGGGCACCGCAAUAGAAGAAUUGCCUUCAUCCACUAGGUACCUCACUAGGCUUUUAACACUAUUCCUAAGUUGCUCCGAAAACCUGAAGCGUCUACCAAGUAGCAUUCAUCAGUUGAGAUCUCUAGGUCAAAGUUUUCUCAACGAUUGUCCAAAUAUUAUAAGUUUUGGGAUGGAGGAGGAGGAGGUGCAUAAUGGACAACCCACGCCCUAUGUAGUGUCUACAAGCUGGAAAAAUGAAGCUUCUUUGGGUGUAGAAUUAUUCCCAUUGCCGCCUCCAACAAAAUCAACCAAUUCUCUUAACUUGAUUCUUUCGGACUCUGGCCUAUCAAAAUCGAAUUUCUUUGGGCCAUUUCAUUUCUUUCCCAAUCUGUCUUAUUUAAAUCUAUCAGGCAGUGAUAUCGUAAGCAUUCCUUCAAGCAUCAAAAGAUAUGUUGGAUUGUGGCAGCUUGUAUUGAAUGAUUGCAAGCAACUUCAAGAAAUUAAAGAGUUUCCACCGAAUCUAAAAAUGGCAAAAGCUAGGGGAUGCAUAUCACUGGAAAGUUUACCAGAAAUAUCAAAAGAAUUCAAUUUCCCAUGGCUACGAUGGAUUGACCUGGCCAGAUGCUAUAAAGUCAAUAUGGGAAAUUGGAUAUCAAAUCCUGCAUGGAAUGGAGCUGCCAUGAUAUUUCCCGGAAAUAAGAUUCCAGAUUGGUUCAGCCAUUGCAAGGAGAUCACUUCAAAUAGUCAUCGGUGUGAAUUUGAUAUUAAAGUGGCCCCACCAUAUAAUUUGGAUGACAUCAUAGGAAUUGCUUUUUAUAAUUCAAUGAUCUUCAAACGUUACGGAAUUCAUCUGUUAUACAAACAACAUGAUGAACAGAAUGCAAAAGAUCAUGAAAAUGUUGAUGUCCAUUUGGAUGCACCCAUUGAAGAUAUUGGAAAUUUAGCAAAUCCAGUGGAUCAUGGAAGUCAACUUUGUAAGAGGCAUCAUGUUGAUCUUGACGACGACGAAGAUGAUCACAACAUUGCACCUAACUUGUACACACAACAAAGGAAGCCUGCUUCAACCUUGGACAUCAAACUUAGAUUCGUCUUAGACAUAGAUAGGGAUGGUUGA